AUUAUGUGGCAGUGUUGGCAGCAGUGCACUUCCUGUCGUGUCUAUGCCUGUGACGCUGCCAUUUUGAUUUUGAAACGGCAGUGCUUUUUGUUCGUGUGGAGCGUUUGCUCGUUGUGAAGAGUAGAUUGUGAUUUAGCAAAGUAGUUUUAUUUUUAAUUGAACUUUAUCAAAAUGAGCUGGCAAGAUUAUGUCGAUAAACAGUUAAUGGCAUCCAGAUGUGUAACAAAAGCAGCGAUUGCCGGUCACGAUGGAAAUGUCUGGGCCAAGUCAGAAGGUUUCGAAAUAUCAAAAGAUGAGGUUGCGAAGAUAGUAGCGGGAUUCGAGAAUGAGUCACUCCUCACGAGCGGCGGAGUGACGAUAGCGGGCACGCGGUACAUCUACCUCAGUGGCACAGACCUCAUCAUACGCGCAAAACUUGGCAAAGUCGGCGUACACUGCAUGAAAACGAAGCAAGCCGUUGUCAUUUCUCUGUACGAAGAACCCAUCCAGCCCCAGCAAGCCGCAUCCGUAGUGGAGAAGUUAGGAGACUAUUUAAUUACCUGUGGUUAUUAGAGAUCGAAGCGCGCCGUGAUCUAAGAAUACUAUAAGAUAAUAUUUUUUCCACAGGGAAAUAAGUAACUGCAUUUUGUAUAUUCUAUAAAGUGAUAAGGACCGUUCAUUUGUUUUGAUAUUUGAUAAAUUAUGGCGUCAUCAGUGUCUGAUGCGUUUAGUAACUGCAGAUACAAUUACUUUGCGGAUUCUGGACCCAUUUUUUAUACCGCUCACCGCUUCCACAGAGUGAUUGUUACUGUGAACUGGUUUAAAAUUGUAUUUUAAAAUUUGCUUUCCUUGACCCGUAUAGUAAAGCAUAAUCAAAGCUUUGCAAGCAGGUCUCAAAGCAUGAUGUAUAGAGAUUUUUUUUAGGUUUUCUCUUCAAGCAUCUUGAUACGUGUCUCUUAAAAUCACACUUAAUAUUUUUAUGAAUUUCUUUGUAAAUCAUCAGAUCAUCUGGACAUGCGGAUGCUUGAUUAGAAGUAUAAUAACCACGUAAUGAAAUUACUGUAACAAUAUUAUACGACAUUAUAUAUAAUUACAAAAUAAGCAUUCGUGUAGUAAGGGCUUGUUACAAAUGAAAGACACUGUAACCCAAGUAUUACAAUUUUAAAAAAUCUCUAGUCCCACUGGAACCAUCGUGUGAGUAAUAUGUCCCAUACACCGGCGAGGCGCGGCCCGCUGCCGGGCCCCGGCUCGAAGGCACACGCGCCCCCAUAUCAGAGUUCUGCUAAGCUUUCUUUUAAUUGCGUCGCAUUUAUAAUGUUGUGUAGUGAAUAAUAAACAUUUUGCAUUCUGUUCUUAUAAUGUCUUGGCUACAGAAA